AUGGGUCCGGCUUAUGAAGGUUGGUGCUGGUCCACGCACGCUUCCUUAUGGAAAUGCGAUGGGCAUGUCCGUGAAGUCAACAGGCCAAAAUUUGAGUUGUGUCUCGACAACGCCCAGGUGGCUGGUGAAGUUCAAGGCGAGUUUGGAUGCACUGAUGAAAACCGUACCAGCGGAUCAGAUCUAUGGCUUGCAGAUCUCUGA